UUGCGCCGGUAGGAAGGAAAGGCUUGCACUGUCUCUGUCUUUCUCUCGGCUUUUUUCUGACUGUCGCCGCUGGAGUUUCUCGUGCCCGACAGCAAGAGAGCGCGCGAGCGAGAGAGAGAGAGAGAGAGAGAGAGAGAGUGCGCGAGAGGGCGAGAGAGAGAAAAGAGUUAAGAGCGUGCAACGAGAUGAGGCGACGAGUACUAGAGCACCACCACCUUGGAAGCAGUAGCCGCCGCGAGUGGUGGCGGCCGUGCUGCCAACGUUGCUGCUAGCGGGCAAGGUGGGGACGACAAGAUAUGCGGCCCGUGCUACUCGCCCUCUGCCUCAUACUCGUCACCCCCGUCACCUCCUCGUUCUGGACGGUCGGCAGUCAGCUGGUGAUGGACCCGGUGCAUGUGUGCAAGAAGACUCGUCGGCUGCGCGGCAAGUUGGCGGACAUUUGCCGCAAGGAGCCGGCGCUGCUGAAGCAGAUCACGAGGGGCAUGCAGGUGGGCACGCGCGAGUGCCAGUUUCAGUUCCGCAACCGUCGCUGGAACUGCACCACCUUCCGUCGCUCCCUCAAGAAGAUCGUCCUCCGCGAUACGAGGGAGACCGGCUUCGUCAAUGCUAUCACCGCCGCCGGCGUGACUUACGCGGUGACGCGAGCCUGCACCAUGGGCGAGCUCGUGGAGUGCUCCUGCGAGAAAAUGAACCCCAAGAGUAGUCGCUUCGCCAAACUCGGCAGACUGGCUAGCAAGAGCAGGCACUUGCCGAUGGACGGCGACUGGGAGUGGGGUGGCUGCGGCGACAACGUCAACUUCGGAUUCAAAAAGUCCCGGGAGUUCAUGGACGCACCCUUCAGGAAGCGCAGCGACAUCAAGACGCUGCUCAAGCGGCACAACAACGACGCCGGCCGACUGGCGGUGCGGAACUUCAUGCGUACCGAGUGCAAGUGCCACGGGCUGUCGGGCUCGUGCACGGUGCGCACCUGCUGGCGCAAGAUGCCACCGUUCCGCGAGGUGGGUAACCGUCUCAAGGAGUCGUUCGACGGCGCGGCCAAGGUCAUCCCGGGCAACGACGGACACAGCUUCAUUACCGAGGGCCUGACCAUCAAACCGCCGGGCCGCUUCGACCUCAUUUACAGCGAGGACUCGCCGGACUUUUGCCGAGCCAAUCGGAAAACCGGAGCACUGGGCACCCAGGGCAGAGAGUGCAAUGCCACCUCUCAGGGGGUCGACGGCUGUGAGUUACUGUGCUGCGGCCGUGGAUACGAUACCAAGAUCAUCAAGGAGAAGGUCAAUUGCGAGUGCAGGUUCAGGUGGUGUUGCGAGGUCACCUGCAACACCUGCCUUGUCAAGAAGACCCUCAAUACCUGUCGUUAAUAUCACUUCAUUCACACGUUUACACCUUUUUAUAUUUACAACAAGUUCUUUGCAAACUGUUGACUGACUCGCUCUCCUUUUUCACACGCCUUAGCUCUGCCGAGCUUGGAAUCACUUCCUUUUCAGCUGUUUUUAUUAUACUUGAUGCCGCGAGACGCAAGGCAAGUGAUUCGAGUAAGAACAUAAUAUACGAUUUCCUUUCGCUCUCAGCAGUUGAUAAAUAAAUAAAUAAAUCGCAAAACUAAAAUGUAUCUGUGAUGAAUUCUCUAUAUUGAAUUUAAAAUUUUUUUGGAAUAUCUGCAAUGUCGAAAUCUAUGUAAUUUAUAUCGCGAGAUCGCCUCUCUCUCGCUCUUUUUUUAUAGCUUGUAAUAAAUAUUAUUGAUUGCUAUCAAGCGUCGUAAAGCUUUUAUGAUCUCGAAAGUGGUGAUUUAUUUUCAAAGAAUAUCUCGUUAUGGCGAUUGUGCGGCCUCUAAAUCCAGAUUUUAAGCAUCGAGAAGAAAUUAAAUUAUUUUAAAUGCUAGUAUACGAGCGAUUAAUCCGCACUCAAACUGUAGCGUACUUUCUUUUCUCUCUCCCUCCCUCGUUAUUGCCUAAGCGUAUACGCAAGUAUUUUCCUUCCGGUUUCGACAAAUCUCUACCGACAGUCACAUAAUUCAAGCUUCCUCGAUAGCUUUUACGAGAUUGCUGGCUGUGUAUUUUUCCAACAUCUUGCAUAACAGACUCGCGAGCUGCGGUAAUUUUAGACAAAUUGCGGCAGCCUCUCUAACGAUAGCGUUAUUAAGUUUUUAACGAUUAAGUAAACGUCGAUACUUAUGUAGAGUUCAGCUUCCCCUAUCCCCAUACGCUUCAUCUUUCAUAUCUUUUCACAUUGGACAUGCAGUGCCUUCAUCCAGUACCUCGUGCCAUCUCGUACGUCGA